ACUGGAUAAGUACAACAUUCCAUUUUCACUUGUAAACAAACAAACUUUCAACUUUAGUUUCCACUAAUGAGACGACUCUUUCGUUCUUUGUUAAUACUAUUCCAAGUUUCCAACUAACUUGUUAAUUAAUUGAAAGUGACUUUGUUCAACAAAAAGUCAAACCAGGUUUUGUAAGGAGAUACAGAGAGAUUGAUCCCAUCGCCAUGGAAACAGCAAAGCGCAGAACGAUAGAAACCAUCGUCUCCAAGCUCAGCUCCGUCUCCGAGCAAACCAGAGCCGCCGCUCUAGCCGAGCUCAGACUCAUCUCCAAACAAGACCCCGACAGCCGCCCCAUCAUCGCCGACGCCGGCGCCAUCCCCUACCUCUCCGAGACUCUCUACUCCUCCUCCCCCUCCUCCCAAGAGAACGCCGCCGCCACCCUCCUCAACCUCUCCAUCACCUCCCGCGAAUCCCUCAUGUCCUCGCGCGGCCUUCUCGACGCGCUCUCCCACGCGCUCCGCCACCACGACACCACCACCUCCCCCGCCGCCGUCCAGUCCUCCGCCGCCGCGAUCUACAGCCUCCUGAUCGCGGAGGAGUCUUACCGCCCCGUCGUCGGAUCGAAGCGAGACAUCAUCUUCUCUCUCAUCCACGUCAUCAGGUACCAAGACUCGCAUCCGAGAUCGAUCAAGGACGCGCUCAAAGCGCUCUUCGCCGUCGCGCUCCACCCGGCGAACAGAUCAACGAUGAUCUCCCUCGGCGCGAUCCCGGCUCUCUUCUCCCUCAUCGUGAAGGACUCGCGGUGCGGGAUCGUGGAGGACGCGACGGCGGUUAUGGCGCAGGUCGCGGGGUGCGAGGAGAGCGAGGAAGGGAUGAGGAGAGUCUCCGGAGCCAGCGUGCUUGCGGAUCUGCUGGAUCCGUGCACCGGCUCGAGCCUUCGGAUCAAGGAGAACGCGGUGAGCGCGCUUUUGAAUUUAGCGAGGUGCGGCGGGGACGAAGCGCGUUUGGAAGUCGCGUCUGCGGUUGCGUCUGGUGCGGAUGAAGGAGCUAUGGAAGGGAUCGUGUACGUUGCGGAGAACGGGAGUGCGAAAGGGAGGAAGAAGGCGGUUGCUCUGUUGAAGCUCGUUUCAAACGAUUCACGACGUUUCGAUCAUCUGAUCAGUGACAAUGAUAAUGAUAAUCCAAGUAGUAUCUGAUCAUCUGCUUAUCAUUUAAUUGUUACACUUUUGCUAAUCAUUUACUUCAUUCAAACACACACACUUUAUAUACAUAAUGUAAUUGUCAUUGUUACGCUUUUGAAUCAAGAAUCAAGAAUCUUUUUUUGUUUGUA